UCGGCAUCUUCCCACGAGUCAGUUUCACUCUGUCCGGUGUCGCUCGAGCAGUCGAAUCUCUCAUCUGGAGACACAGUGUCGAACGGGUUUUGCUGUUGGGUGAAGAGAAGAAAUCUGGGUGUGUGCAGAGAAUUGCAUCUUAGGCGAUCCAAAGGAAUUCAUCGGCCACAAUGUUCAGUGGAUUGGGAGACAGCUCAAAGUCAUCGCUGAAGAGUUUCGGCGAGAAGACGGCCAGUCUGUUUGACAGGAAGAAGAAGGAUGCCGAAUCGAUGGCGGCUGAGAAGGCCACAACGGCCCAGAAGAUGGCCGAGGAGCAAGUGAGGAAGGCCGGAGAGGCGAUUGGCCAGACCAGGAGCGAGGCUGAGAAUCUGGCCGCCAGCACGGCCAAGGAAGCCGCCGCCCUGGCGGUUGAGGAGGGCUCCAAAGUGGCCAAGUCGGCCGAGGAUCAGGCCAAGACGGCGGCAGGAGCAGCCAAGCAGACUGCCCAGAACGUGAGCGACAGCGUCGAGGCUGGCAAGAAGCAGGCGGCCAGCAUGGCGGAGCAGACGCAGAAGGCGGCCAAUGAUGCCAUCAAUCAGGGCCUGAAGACCGCAGAGCAGGAGAUUGACAGCGCCAUGAAGGCCACCAGUGCCGCCGUGGACCAGAAACUCCAGGAGGCCAACAAGUUUGCCGACGAGAAGCGCGGAGAGCUGGAGAAGAAGGUGAACGAAGAGGCUGCCAAGGCGCAGGAUUCCGCCGGAAAUGCGGCCGCCAAUUUGCUGGGCAAGCUCAAUCUGGGCGGCGGCAAGUAGACCAUCGUCUGCUGACCAGUUUUUCCACCAUUUUUCUUCACUCACCGUUUCCGGGAUGAUUAGCUUAACGCGCGCCCGCAAAGAAUUGUCCAAAUGAAAUUAACACAUCAACUCAGUAGUUUUUAGGAGGAGAAAAAUCAGUGUAUGCAAUGUUCAUAUGGUUUCGACAUGGCCUAAAAGAAGAAAGAUUUAUUAUUUUCACGAAAUUUUCACGAGAAGGACUUUUUUGGGAGCUUUUUGCGAGCUUCAAUGCCUUCAAUUUUGGAACUCAAAUGCCUUAAAAGCGUGUCAAAAAGCCUUAAUGUUAGAGAUAUUUUCAUCUUUAUCUUAAACUAUUAUCAAAUUGUCGUUAAGUUUCUACGUGUAAAGCUAUAUGUAUAUUGAUGAAAUAAAUGUAUUCGUUAUUAUAAUAAAAAUUAAAUUCAGAAAAA